UGCUCCGACUGCCUGCCCGCUCACGGACGCUCGCUCCAGCCCGCUCCCGGUCUUCCCCAACCGACCCGUGCAAGGAAGCCUCCCCGUGCCAUACCGCACCCUCUGCCUCUGCCGCCGCUUCUCCCGCACCCCAGCUCUGCCAGGAGGGCCUUGUCCGCAACCUCUGCCCCUUUCCCGUCUGCCCUCCUACGGCCAUGCUGUCCUUCCAGUACCCCGACGUGUACCGCGACGAGACCGCGGUACAAGAUUACCAUGGGUCUAAGAUCUGUGAUCCCUAUGUUUGGCUUGAAGACCCUGAUAGUGAACAAACAAAGGCUUUUGUGGAGGCCCAAAAUAAGAUUACAGUGCCCUUCCUUGAGCAAUGCCCUGUUAGAGGCUUAUACAAAGAAAGAAUGACUGAAUUAUAUGACUAUCCAAAGUAUAGCUGCCACUUCAAAAAAGGAAAAAGGUAUUUUCAUUUUUAUAACACAGGACUACAGAACCAACGAGUAUUAUAUGUACAAGAUUCUUUAGACGGAGAAGCCAGGGUAUUCCUGGAUCCAAAUAAGCUUUCUGAUGAUGGCACUGUGGCUCUUCGAGGCUAUGCAUUUAGUGAAGAUGGUGAAUAUUUUGCCUAUGGUCUGAGUUCCAGUGGUUCAGACUGGGUAACAAUUAAAUUUAUGAAAGUUGAUGGACCGAAGGACCUCCCAGAUGUUCUAGAAAGAGUCAAAUUCAGUUGCAUGGCUUGGACCCAUGAUGGAAAGGGAAUGUUCUACAACUGCUACCCCAAACAAGAUGGGAAAAGUGAUGGCACUGAGACAUCCACAAAUCUUCACCAGAAGCUCUUCUACCAUGUUUUGGGGACCGAUCAAGCAGAGGAUAUUUUGUGUGCCGAAUUUCCUGAGGAGCCAAAGUGGAUGGGUGGAGCUGAGUUAUCUGAUGAUGGUCGUUAUGUCUUAUUAUCAAUAAGACAAGGAUGUGAUCCAGUGAACAGGCUGUGGUAUUGUGAUCUACAGCAGGAAUCCAAUGGCAUAACAGGAAUUUUGAAUUGGGUGAAAUUGAUAGACAAUUUUGAUGGAGAAUAUGAUUAUGUGACAAACGAAGGGACAGUUUUCACCUUUAAGACAAAUCUUCAUUCUCCUAACUAUCGGCUAAUCAAUAUUGACUUCAAGGAUCCAGAUGAAUCCAAGUGGAAAGUACUUGUUCCUGAACAUGAAAAGGAUGUUCUUGAAUGGGUAGCUUGUGUCAGGUCUAACUUUUUGGUGUUGUCCUACCUCCAUGAUGUAAAAAACAUCCUUCAGCUGCAUGAUCUUGCCACUGGUUCCCUCCUCAAGACAUUUCCACUAGAGGUUGGCAGCAUUGUGGGAUAUAGUGGCCAAAAGAAAGACACCGAAAUCUUCUAUCAGUUUACUUCUUUCUUAUCUCCAGGUAUUAUUUAUCACUGUGAUCUUACCAGAGAAGAGUUAGAGCCCAGAGUUUUCCGAGAGGUGACUGUGAAAGGAAUUGACGCUUCUGAUUAUCAAACCGUUCAGGUGUUCUACCCCAGCAGAGAUGGCACAAAGAUCCCUAUGUUCAUUGUCCAUAAGAAAGGAAUUAAAUUAGACGGUUCUCAUCCUGCUUUCUUGUAUGGCUAUGGAGGCUUCAAUAUAUCAAUUACACCAAGCUACAGUGUAUCCAGGCUUAUUUUUGUGAGGCACAUGGGUGGUGUGCUAGCAGUAGCUAACAUUAGAGGAGGGGGUGAAUAUGGAGAGACCUGGCACAAAGGUGGUAUCCUGGGCAAUAAGCAAAACUGUUUCGAUGACUUUCAAUGUGCUGCUGAGUAUCUUAUAAAGGAAGGUUAUACUUCGCCAAAGAGAUUGACUAUUAAUGGAGGCUCAAAUGGAGGACUUUUAGUGGCUGCUUGUGCAAAUCAACGCCCUGACCUCUUCGGUUGUGUCAUUGCCCAAGUUGGAGUAAUGGACAUGCUAAAGUUUCAUAAGUAUACCAUUGGCCAUGCCUGGACCACUGACUAUGGUUGUUCUGAUAGCAAAGAACACUUUGAAUGGCUUAGCAAAUACUCUCCGUUACAUAACAUCAGGUUACCUGAUGGGGAUGGAGUCCAGUAUCCCUCCAUGUUACUUCUCACUGCAGAUCAUGAUGACCGCGUGGUACCCCUUCACUCCCUGAAGUUCAUUGCCACCCUACAGUACAUUAUAGGCCGAAGCCGAAAGCAGACCAACCCUCUGCUCAUUCACGUUGAUACCAAGGCAGGCCACGGAGCAGGAAAGCCCACUGCGAAAGUGAUCGAGGAAGUCUCCGAUAUGUUUGCAUUUAUAGCACGGUGCUUAAAUAUCGAUUGGAUUGAAUAAAUGGGAUUCCCAGCUCCCAUUGUAUCCCCCAGAUCAACCUCAAGGGCUUUUAACCACCAUUUACACAGAGAAACCAAUGGGCAUAGUACUUAUAUUUGAAGAACACCGUUCCUACACGUCAAAACCACAGUUCAUUCUUCCAGUGACCCAAACUGCUGUGGGAAUUUUACCUUUUUUAGGCUUCUCCUUUUUAUCAUUCCCUGGGAGUGACUUUUUCUGCCAUAUUCAGACAUAUGUUUAAAAAGGGGGGGGGGGGAAGCAUGUUUGAACAAAAAGCUAACUUGCAGCAAAUGCUGUUGUGAAUACUUAGAUAUCCAGAGUUUUAAAGUGGUAGUCAAGCUUCCUAUAAACCUCAAUGUUAUUUGCUCCCAUAACCGUAUACAAGUCACCUGUAAGUAAACAAAAGAACUGUGAUAAUACAACAGAAUUUCUUUACAACCAUAAUAAAUGUUAUUUAAGAAUGGGAGACUUUAUUUCUGGUUCUUUAUAAAUUAUUGAUGGGAGGGGACACUAAAAUUCUACUUGGUGUGGAUUAGAUUAGUUUUCUCUCAAAAUAUAUGCCUUGCCCAGUUUUGCGACAAAUUCAUUUUCAGAAUAUCCUAAAUGUUUUCUAGUCUUUGGAUUAACAGCUUAUAUGUGAUUUGAUUUAAGUUAUUUGAUUUUGAGCUGCUUUUUUUUUUUAAGUAUUUCAUUGUUCCACUGCUCUGUACCUACCUCUCCCAAGAGGCUCUCUCUACUUAAAUGCCUCCUAUUAAAAUAGAUUGAAACUGGAAAA